CCUGAGCGGGCCGGCAUGAGGCUGCAGUGCGAGGUGGAGGUGCGGAGCCGCCUGCUGCCCAGCUGCGGCCUGCGGGGCCGGGCCAGGGGCGCCCGCGCGCUGCUCUCCCUGGGCCGCCCGCCCGACCGGCCGCCCGGCCACAGCGCCUGCCUGAUGGUCUGCACCGCGCGGGACCGGGCCGGGGCCAGGUACAAGUUAAAGGGGAACAUUGAGCAGUUCUUCACCAAAUUUGUGGAGGAAGGGAAAGCUACUGUUCGUCUGAAAGAACCUGCAGUGGAUGUCUGUCUCAGCAAGGCAAAUGCCAGCAAUUUAAAGAGCUUCCUUGCAGCAGUGAGGCUGGCUCACCGAGGCACCGAUGUUGAAGCACUGCCGCUCUCAGUCUUGGUUCCAGCAAAGACUUCAGAAGUUGAAAAACCUAAAACUAAGAUGAUCAUUAUGUCGAGAAGAGACUAUCCGCUAACCAAAAAUUUCCCUUACUCCCUCGAACAUCUGCAGGCCUCAUACUGCAAACUCGCCCGAGUCGACAUGCGAAUGCUUUGUCUGAAAAAACUCCGAACACUAGAUUUAAGCCACAAUCAUAUCAAAAAGCUGCCAGAAACUAUUGGUGACCUUGUCAGCCUUCAGGAGCUUAAUCUGCACAACAAUCACUUGGAGUCCUUCUGCGUAGCUCUGUGCAACUCCACGCUUCAGAAGUCUCUCCAGUUUUUGGACCUCAGCCAAAAUAAAAUCAAAGCACUUCCAGUUCAGUUUUGUCAACUGCAAGAACUCAUUCACUUAAAGCUUGAUGAUAAUGAGUUGAUUAGGUUGCCAUUCAAGAUGGGCCAGCUAAGUCAACUACGCUUCCUGUCAGCAGCCCGUAAUAAGCUUCCUUUUUUGCCCAGUGACUUCAGAAAUCUCUCACUUGAGAAGUUAGAUCUCUUUGGAAACCCUUUUGAACAGCCUAAUCCUCUUGUGCCCAGCAUACAGCUAAAAAUACCAUUAACUUUAUUAGAAUCUGCUGCAAGAGCAACAGUAAAUUACAGGAUCCCUUAUGGUUGUCAUCUCCUUCCUUCUCACCUCUGUGAAGAUCUGGAAGUAGCUAAAACAUGUCAAUGUGGAAGUGCCUGUCUAAGCUGCUUCAUUCAGACAACAGUGACCAUGAAUCUCCACCAUGUAGCUCAUACUGUGGUCCUUGUAGAUAACAUGGGAGGUACAGAGGCACCCAUUGUCUGUUACUUUUGCUCUCUAACUUGCUAUUCCCAGUUUCUAGAUAGAUAUCUGCAAAGUAAUAGGUGAUCUUAAGGGACAGCAAAGGCACUGUUGUGGGAAGUUUCAUCCAGUGAUGGAGGACUCCGAAAUCAAAUGUUGCUUGGCUGUCCUUGUCUGCUGUUAUGAAAUGGAGACAAACCAUUGACUGUGCACUACAAAUAGUUAAUAAUGUCAAACUUACAAAGCCUUCUCACUGUAAGCCUGAUGUGGUGUGUCGGUGCUUUAAAGUUUCACUAAUCUUAAGUAGCUAUCACUUCAGUGCAGAAAGAGAGAUCGCUCCCAACUUGAGUCUUCUUAGUAAGAAUGUAUUUUAGCUUGCUUAUAUUGCUGUAACUUUCUCCAAAGCUUCAUUAUUUUUUCUCUUUAUGCUUUUUUAUGGAAUAGAUGACCUCUUCUUGCCAGAAGGAGGGAGUUGAGUGAAUUUCUGCUUGUUUCUGUUGUCAGUCUUGUACGCUGUCCCUUGCUUGAUGCUCUGAAUUCUAUCAGCUAGAGAGUAGUAGACUUUUUUCGUAAUCCAGAAUCUACUAUUCUCCUUCAGUAAGAGCACAGUGUGGUGCCUUUCCUGCUAGAGAGCAGGAGUCCUAUGUCUAUUCACUCACUUGUUUAUUGUGGAGCAGCAAAGUAGUCUGCUGCCAAAGAGUAUGACUUGUUCUAAAACACUCUUCAGGUAUUUUCGGUUCCAUAAACAAUUCCAUGUGUAGGGUGCUCACCUCAAACAGGAAACAGUAUUAUGAUUUUUUUAUCAGAACAAAUGUUUGUGUUUUUUAUAACUGUCAUGUGAGAGAGAAAUGACAGCUUCACAUUCACAGCCUAAAUUGUUUACUAUUUCUAAGCAUCAUGUAAAUUUUUAAGGUUCUUGGGAUGUUCCUUAUAUGAUUACUUCAAUUAUUAAAUGGUGAAAUUCUUUUUCUUGCA